ACCUCUCUCUCUCUCUCUCUCUCUCUCUCUCUCUGUAAGAAGAAGAAGAUGAGGAUGGUAGACUUGGGAAGCCAAAGAGGGCCUCUCCACAUCAUAGAGACAACAACGGCGGUGGAGUGCGGAAGGGAAGUUAGAUUUCGGCGAUCAUUUCGAUCACUUGUGGAGUGCAUGGUCCCGUGCUGUGGAUUCCAACCAUCUGAUCAUAACGACUCACAUUGCAGUGACACUGAGUCAACUCACGGGUCAACCGUGACGGGAACUUUCUUCGGUUAUAGGAAAGGCCGAGUCAGCUUUUGCCUACAAGAUGACUCCAGAAGCUCUCCUCUGUUACUACUUGAGUUCGCUGUUCCCACGGCUUACCUUGCGAGAGAGAUGCAAUACGGGUUGCUUCGUAUUGCCCUGGAGUGCGACCGACACAGAUAUUCCCGCUCAUCAUCCACCGCCGCCGCCACCACCACCAAAAACUCGUACUGUUGUUCCCUGUUCAACGUACCAGCAUGGUCCAUGUACUGUAACGGUCGUAAGGUUGGGUUUGCGGUGAGGCGUCAGAUGACGGAGAGCGACGCGUCUGUGUUGAAGCUGAUGCAGUCGGUGUCGGUGGGUGCGGGAGUGUUACCCUUGGAGUCAAAGUCGGAGGAGGGAGAUCUGAUGUACCUCAGGGCGAGUUUUGAACGAGUUAUUGGGUCUCCUGACUCAGAGUCGUUCCACAUGAUUAAUCCAGUCGGGAGUUCUGGGCAGGAGCUCAGCAUAUUCCUUCUGAGAUCAUGA